ACUGCGCCCUAGAACUUCUCUGCCCUGGCCCACCAUGGUCCCUCCAGGCAAAAUCCUGCUGCUGCUUCUGCUCCCAGUGGCAGCCGCUGAGAUGGUGCCAGGUUCCUGUCCCGGAUGUGGGCCCCCGUCCCCAAAGCUCCAGGCAGCCCUUGUGGCAGCUGAUGCGGUGGUGUCGCUGCUGAUCCUAGCCGCGGUGUUUGUGUAUGUUCGCCUACGUGCAAGGCCCACCCAAGAAGAAAGCAAAGUCUACAUCAACAUGCCUGGCAGGGGCUGACCCUCCCCCCUGUAGCUGGGACCUUUGACUUCUGACCCUCUCACACUGGAUUGUGGAUGUUGGUAUGG